CAAACAGGCGCAUACACAAAGUCCUAUAAAGUCCUCGUGGGAAACCAAUUUUUUCUUCAACUCAUUUCAUGGACUCGCACAUUGUCCCCCUGCGAUUUCUAUACCUUUUCUUGCAGGAGUCUACCGCGUGUUCUAGACCAAUUUGUGCGUCUCAGCUGGAGCGUUCGCUAGCCAUUUUGGCUGUCGUUGACGUGGAGAUAUGUUCCUUACCAGAGACGCUACACUUUUUCAUACACAUGUAUAGUCUCUAUCCAUGUACAUUCAAUUCAUUAUAUCCAAAAUCCAGAAAUCCAGCCGUCUUAAUAUUAAUGCACUUCUGCAACGACAAUUGCCGCCAUUAACAAAACUCAAGAGACAUCUUCCUUGGUUGAGCCCCGCU